AUGUGUAUCUCAUCAUACAUGUUAAUUCUUUCUCUCUCUCUUUUUUCGCAAGGUUUUCUACUCUCAGUUUCAAAAUCUCUGCAAAAGGUAGAAGAUGAAGAUAUGUUGCUAACCACAUUAAAGCUAGGAAAAACUCUUCGAAAUGGAGAUAGAACUGUGAACAGAGGAGCUAUACCUUUGCUGAAGCAUUAUAAGACUGAAGAGAGCAGUGUUUUGGAUGAAGAGGAUGACAGAAACAUGAAGUUCUUGGACACAGGUUCCAGACAUGAUUUCUUAAAUCAUAUUAUGCCAAUCAAGUUAGGUAGAAAGCAACUACCUUAUCUUGAACUGAAGGGAGCCAUGGCUUUUCCCACUGACACUGAAAUUCGAAAUAUUGAAUCAAUACAGGAAAGAGAGAUUGCAGAUGAAGAAAAUUCAGCUAAAUUCCCUAUAGGAAGAAGGGAUUUUGACAUGCUCAGGUGUAUGCUGGGAAGAGUCUAUCGACCUUGUUGGCAAGUCUGA